AUGGCGACAGUUCAGGCCAGGCUGCUAAUGAUGUUCCUGGUGGCACUCGCAGCAGUCCAGGCCCAGGUGGGCGAGGUGCAAGCGCAGCAGAGCUGCCCGACCCAGAUGGCUAGCCUGAAUGUGUGCGCACCGUUCGUGGUGCCUGGGACAAGCAGGGGGCCGAGCUCCCAGUGUUGUGGCGCACUCCAGGCAGUGGACCACGACUGCCUCUGCAGCACUCUUAGCGUUGCCAACAGCCUUCCUUCGGCAUGCCACCUCCCUCCCAUCUCAUGCGAUUGA